CUGCAGAAACGUGAUAUCCAUGAAGAUGACCCAAACUCUGGCGUCGUUUAUGUGUCUCAUAUUCCUCAUGGUUUCUUUGAACCUCAAAUGAAAAAGUUCUUCUCACAGUUUGGCAACAUCAAGAGGUUACGACUCAGCAGAAGCAAAAAGAGCGGAAGAUCAAAGGGGUAUGCUUACAUCGAAUUUGAAUAUGAUGAAGUUGCAAAGGUGGUGACUGAGACAAUGCACAACUACCUGAUGUAUCAGAAGCUUCUAAAAUGUUUCUAUGUUCCUAAAGACAAGCUCCAUCCUGACACAUUCAAGGGUUGUUUCCAUCACUUCAAGAGCCCCCGAAGACGAGAGAUUGCAGCCUCCAGAAACAAUAGCUUGUUAGAGAGUGGGAAAGAUCAUAUCCUGGAGAGCCAGAAGCGGAGAGUGAGAGGUCUUAACAAGAAACAGAAGAAGCUUCAGGAGUUAGGCAUUGACUUCAAAAUAGAGGGUGUGGAUUCCGAAUGGAAACUGCUGCAAGAGUCACAGCCUCCUGCCCCAAAGGUUGUUGCCCAUGUGAAGGCUUCAAAAGUAACAGCAAAACCACCAUCCAGAUCAAGAAAACCUGCUGCAAAGCAAGAACAGAAAGAAAGUGCAAAAAGAAAAAUGUCCAAGCCUAAAACAAGUACAGAAAAAUCCAAGAAGAAACUGGAUGCUGAUUCUGAUGAUGCCACAGAGGUAAUAUUAGCAGUCCCAGCAAAGAAAAGGAAGCAAGAGAAAGAAGGACAAACUAGCACAGAAAAAAGGAAUGUUAUUAAAAAGACUGAAAGCAAAGACAUUCCUGAAGGAAAGGUUCAACGGAAAGUUAAAAAGGUAGCACAAAGUGCUAAGGUGUCUUCAAAAGUGAAAGCAGCUAAAGGUGUUAGGACUGCUGGAAAGAAGAGCAAGAGAUUGUCUUUAAAAUGAUGAAAAUAUGAUAGAUAUUGAUGAACACUGUUAAUCGAGAACCAUUCAUAUGGAAUGAGUCAAAGAAAUUCAGGUUACUGUGAUACUAGAUUUUUUCUCUUGUAAUAUGUCUCUUUUGAACAUGGUCAAAAUUUUGUCAUUUCCAAAAUAUCAUUUGAAAAAAAAUUAAAGGCCCUGUCACAUUUAUUUGGUGUGGAGCAGAAUCAACCAAAAUAAAAUGACUGUUGUUUGACCACCAGCUGGUCAAAUUUUUUCCCCACUAUGCAGCUCUAUCAAUGCGUUCAAUAUGUUUUGAAUGCUGCAGGUAUAUUUUAGGAAUAGUUAAAAUGCAUUCAGAAUGCAGUAAGAAUAUACUUUGAACACUUUUCGAUAUUCUUUCCACUUCAAAUGCACCUCAAAAAUUGUGAAGAGGACCAAAACAUUUGGGACAGCCACAUGAAUGGGCUCGAAUAAUAGAAUGCACUCAGAAUGCAGUGAGAAUUUCUAGAAUGCCCCUCAAAUAACCCAAGAACAUAGCACAAUGUGGGUGCAUCGUGGUCUAGUGGUUCUGACUCUCGCCUUUGAAACAGAGGGUCGUGUGUUCGAAUCGUAGCCAUGGCGUAUUUUCCUUCAGCAAGAAAUUUAUCCACACUGUGCUGCACUCGACCCAGGUGAGGUAAAUGGGUACCCGGCAGGAGUAAUUCCUUGCAUGCACUGAGCACCGGUGAUGGCAGCUCGAGCUAAAGCUGGGGUAAUAAUAGCAGCGCUUUGUAUCCUCUGGCAAAAAGCGCUUUAUAAAUCCAACUAUUAUUAUUAUUAUUAUUAUUUCCAUCUAACUCCUGUGCUUCUCAUUUUGCCUUGAAUGUGACUAGUUUGUGAUGAGUGGGUUGGUCAGUUUACUGUAUUUGUACUCCAGUUGGGUGAAUUUGCCCCCCCCCCCCAUCUAAUUUUCUUGAUUUUUUAAAAAUUCCAUUUGAUUUUGCUUGAUUCUUGCUUAUUCCAAAUAAGUGUAAUUGGGCUUGUAUGAGGGGGUAGACACCUGAACUAUAUGUUUUGGUUACUCAUUUUCAAUAGUAACAAUAUAAUGUCAAUGAGUUAUUCAAAACUAAUAUUUGACUGUGAAUAAAUGAUAUACAAUCCAUCAAUGGCAUAAGUGGCAGUGCAAAGGCAUUUUAAUAUAGGGACAAGAGGACCCAAAGGUGUCAUUUUUCUCUUACUGAGAAAAAAGGGUUAUUUUAUAAUUCUAUAACCAAGCCCUAUCGUUUCAAUCCUCUCUCCUUUUCUUUUCCCCUUUCCUAAUUUAGUUUUAUUUUUUUAUCACUUGAUGAAUCAUAGUCAGGGCAGAUGUCUUUACCCUUCUGUUUACACUCCCCCCAGUAGGUAUAGUUUAGAACUUACAAAAACAAGCAACUUGGUUUAUAUAAACUGCAUUUGUUAAAGAACAUGCAAGUCCAGAUUUUCUCUGGAGCAGUCAUAGGUGUAUUUUUGUGUUCAAUAACAUGGCACCAAAUUGUAUAUUAUUCAUUCAAAUAAGUGUUAGUCUAAACAUUAAAAAUACUCAGUUUAUGAGCAUGUCCUGCAUUAACCCUUCCCCAAUCUUGUAUGUACUGAGGACCUAGCUGGAAGACGGAAUGUCCUGGUUUUAUAAUUGCUAUGUAGACUCCACAGGGACUUGGUACUCAGGAUGACCUUAUUAAGGCACACACCAUGUCCAGUAAAGAGUCCAUUUGGCUAUCAUAAUCAAUGGUGUGUGUGAAUUUGAAAGAGCAAAAGAUCUUGCAUAAUUUUUUUUUUCAAAGGGGUCAAGAUCAAAUGUUGAUUGGUUGAGAUUAAAUAAUUCAAGAAGCUUCUCUUAUGUAAAAGAUUUUAAAAAUUUCCACCCAAGUGAGAGAAAAUGUUGAAAUGAAAGAGACCAUACAUAGCAUAAAGAAUGGAUGACAUUUUUUGAGAAUGGAGGGUUUGAAAACAAGUCAUCAUGAGUGGUAGGAAUAUAGAUCAUUGUAGUAGACAUUCACUCUAAAACAAGCCAUAAUCAAAUUCAUGAGUAAUUGAUCGUACAUGAAAUAUUUAUUUUCAUUUAAUUUCAAAUACAUUGUCAAUUUACAAAUACACAAGCCAUCCUUCAGUGGUUAUAAUGUCCAAAUUUCCAUAUUGUAAAUGAUGUAUUUUACAUCUCAGCAACUUAGGAUAAUUCAUUUCAGAUUGAAAAGUUAUGCAAUGAAUAGCUAAAUACUUUACUUCAGCAAUCCACAUGUAACGUUGCUUAGUACAUGUAAGCCUCAUUUCCUUCUUUGGGUAAUCAGCCUGCUUGCAUGCCUUGUUGAUCCAAGCUUAACAUAAGUAAUCUUUCAUUGUAUUUCAUUUUGAUUUGGGGUGAAGACAAAUGUUUGACCUUCGUACUCUGCAUUUCCAAUGAGAUUUUAUCUUCUAUGUAAGUCCUUUACCCCCUUUUGAGAUCAAAUGAAAUCUCAUUUCUCAAGCUCUCUUAUUGCAAGCACCUAUCUGUAUACAGCACACCAUAUUCAUGUUAUCCUUGAAUGAUCUACAUGUAUGGUCAAAAUAAACAAACUCUUGUACAAUUUAGUUGUAUGUGUUCAUAAGAAAUCCAAUUUCAAAAGAUGCAUAUUUGUAAUAAAAAUGUAAUUGUAAAGAAAA